AUGUAUUCGGUAGCAGCAACGGAAUUACACACCUCUAAAGAAACGAUAUUACAUGAACUACAAAAUAAAAAAAAAUCCGAGACGCGUCUAACGGACGUUUCGUACAAAUCUAAUUACUAUCAAAACUAUGAUAAUGAUAUCUUCGAAGAGAAUUUCGAUGAGGGCGACGUCUACUACGAUGAUGACAUCGAGACUUUGGUCGACGAACUUGCAGAAUAUCCUUCCUCGACUUCCACUGCCUACUCGCCGGAUCCAGACAAAGAGAAUAAAGAAUAUUAUGCCACGUUUUCGUCUUCGCGAGCCAUGAAUACUAUUGCUGCUACAACUAAUACUUUUAUUCAGCAAACUACCCCAUUAACGACGAAUUACUUAAUAGAUGCAUCUACUAACGCAUCCUCAAUGUCUUCAUUAUUAUCACCAAAUCAUUGUCGUAAUCGUUUUGUAAAAUGCCGUUUUGAUAAUUCAAUUUGGCUUGAAGCAGACAAAGACGAGGUCGACGAAACCGAGAAAAUCAUGCUCGAACAAGAACUCCAAUGUAUGCCAAGAUACGAAAUGAUCGCGGAACAACCAGAGAUCACAUGGGACAUGCGAAAACGAGUGAUCCGCUGGAUUAUUGAGGUGCAUAUUUAUUUCAGUGAGGGAAACGAACUAAGCGAUGAAUCAUUGUACCUCGCGGUCAAUAUAUUAGAUCAAUAUUUGUCGGUAGCACGAGUCGAUAAUAAACAUUUACAAUUAGUCGCGAUCACCAGUCUUUGGAUUGCCAUAAAAUAUCUCGAGACACGCGACAAAGUCCCAACUAUAGAUCGAUUGAUACAUUUGUGUGGUAAAGGAUACCCGCGUGAAUACUUUACACAGAUGGAAAAACAUGUUUGUAAGGCUAUUUUUUGGAGGUUUUGGUCUCCGACCGCGGAAGGAUUCUUGAAAUUCGAAUCUAGUAAUGGGUUAUUGGAUACUAAGACAUUGGCGUUGGCACGAUAUUUAAUGGAACACACGCUGCUAUUCGAGCAUUUCAUCGAUCGUUUACCAUCGGUUAUUGCUUCUUCGUCACUUUACCUCGCAAAGUGUAUACUUCGUAAACCCGUUUUGUUACACACAUUAUCACCAGACAUAGAUAUUUGUUCGAAAUUAAUAGGCGAGCUGGUGAGAACUAGGCGCGACGAG